AGCGAGUACUACUUUAGUCUCUGUGAUACCAUUCCUCCGCGUUGCGUCCAGCUUCGCAACAUCAUCCUCAGCACGUUCCCUAUGUCUAUCAUCCUUCGUGACCCUCAUCUACGCAAAUUUGACUCGAUUCCCAAAAUGGGACCGAUACCACCCAUUCUAUCAGACUUUGCUUCACGUCUCAAAAGCGCUGACCUCCGCAACAACCUCUAUCAAUACCUCCUUAAUUGUGGAACCCCUUCAUUCCUUACAACACUCAAAAAUCGCUUGAGCCUGCCCGACGUGCCAGAGGGUUCAUCCGAGUUGUACAACCUGUCACUAAUAAAUUCCCUUGAAGAGAGGGCACAGUGAUAGUGCUGAACGAGACCAUUGCAAAUCUCAUUCGUCCCCUGUGCUCACUCGUCUUCCAUGUACAUGGACUCUACUGUACUCGCUCGGCCAACACGGUAUCUCGUCGA